AUGUGGCCCCAGCGUGGCACAGGGCCAAAUUCAUGCCAGCUGUCACUGGCCCUACUGUGGGGAAGGGCUGGAGGAGUUGGGGCACCUGCAUUUGGCCUGCAAGGAAUCUGGGUCCUGCUGGCUGUGGGUGACCACAGAGGGCCACGUGGGCAGGGCACAUUCAUGGGCCCCAGGUAAGCUCGUCAGGGUAGGGGGAAGGGCCAGGAAGCCUCAGCCCAGACCAGGUAUGGUGGGAAUAGUCCACACAGGAGGGGCAGAAACCGUCUAGAAGACCCUGGCACACAGGUCUGCUGCAGCAGAGCCAGGAGGACGCGGGGGUGCGCAUGUCCAGGGCAGAGGAACCACGUGGGGCUCAGUCAGCAGUCGGGGUCAGGCCUGGUUAAUGGCACUGAGGACCCUGAAGGCUUGGCCCCACCUCUGGGAAUAGGCUUCCUCCACAGUCACAACAAAGGUAGGGACCAGAGGGGGCCAGGACACGGGGGACUGCACCCACCCUCUCACCGCUGCUCCCUCCCUUACCACCCUGUCCAGUGGUCGCGCAGAUGGGAGGUUGUAGGGCGUCCACACCUGGCCUGCAGCGGCUGCCCGGCUUCCUGCUAG